AUGGAGAAGGCUGGGAUGAAAGGACGCCUGAAACUGGAACGACCCAACAGCUUUCACCUACCCCUUCUACUCCCGGUGAGUGCCCAUUUAACACAACUAGUUGAGAUUGAUUCUUAUAAUCAUCUCUUUCGUUCCAAAGCAGCCACCCCGGAUGAAAUACGAGAAUGCAGUCGAAUUCUAACUGCGGCCCCGAUUUCGCUUCUGCAUCCCCCCAUCCAGUCAACAGUCAAAUUGCAGUCAUACUCCGAGAAUCAGGACUAUCUCGUACAAGGAACGCCUGAAACUAGCAGUCGUUCGCAAACUCUAGUCUACCGUUCAGGUGACUGUGAAUGGUGGAUUAAAGUGACAUUCGUUGGGUUGUUUUCACGCGCCCUCCACGCUUCUGAAAAACGGAGUAUAUCAAAACGCGAAUUACGAGAGAAAUACCAAGCCUUUGUUAAGCUAAUACAAUAUAACUCGCUUCCGCUGCUUGACGACACUGUCACUGAAGUGAUUCUGGAGAUAGCACCAGAAACUGUCGGUACGAUUCAACUGAAGCAUGAAGCGACAAAUAACGUCAACAGUUAUGCGAUGCUCGCAAGGCGGUUAACCUAUCAAAUUCGGGAAGACCCAUCACGAGUCCUCUAUCCGUUAUGUGACGAGUUUCCGUCAUUUCGAAAUAUCCAUCUGGCAGAUUUGAUAGACGGUGAGGAAAUCACUGAUGGAGUCUUCCGAGUGUCCCACAAACAUGACAGUAUGCACUACAUACACAAGGUCGUCAACCGUCCUCUCUACUUCCCUCACGAUACGGAUGUUAUCCGAAGCGAGCUGGAAAAUCUCAAAUGCUUUCAUGGAGUCCCUAAUAUCGUUCAACAAGCUGGUAUUGUGGUGUCACCCAACCCAUACAUGACCUUAAGAGGAUUUGACCAGCCAUUAGUCGUCAACGGUAUCUUGCUAAAGUAUUACACCGGUGGCUCUUUGCGGGAUGUUCUUUCAAAAGGCCAGGUGGCAAUGUAUCCUUGGAAGCGCUGGGGCAUCCAAAUUGCGACGGCUCUGAGCUGCUUGCAUACGGCAAGAAAAUCCCACAUGGAUAUCAAGACUUCGAAUGUUGUUCUUGAUGCAGAGGGCAAUGCGAUAGUCAUUGAUAUUAGUGGUAUUGGAGGAAUGACGUACGAAUGGCGUGCACCGGAAGUUCGAGAUAUACUAUCACCUAUUGGGCUCCCGUUCGAAAGACGGCGAUUGAAUGAUAUUUGGGCUUAUGGGAAGCUCUUGUCAGAGAUUGCUGCACAUGCAGAAGACUGUCCUUACUUGGAGACAUUAAGGUCAGUCGCUGCUAAACUAAUGGAAGAAGAUACACAGAUUCGCAUGACUUUGUCAGAAGCAAUUUCGCAAUUAGAAGCAGGGGCAUGCAAUUAA